AUGAGCGCCCCACCAACAAUACCUCCCCGCCCGGCGCGCACGGAGAAAAGCCCUGCGCCCGCCCCCCAAUCCCACAUGGAUGUGCCCAAAAUUCCUCCACGCCCAAAGCGUGGCAUCGAACGCUCAGUCUCGCCCGCGGGGGACAGAUACGCCCGCUCCCCCCUCAAUGACCCAACCUACCUCCACAACGGGCCCCCGCCGAGAGAGGGCGGCCGUCUCACCACCGACACCCCCUCUCGCCCGCCCAGCGUGUCAAUGCCCUCGCUGGGAGAAGAAGGUAGCGAGUACGCCAGCUUCGAAGACCUCUCCAAGACCCUCACCAGCGACAGCCUCGGUCCAGCUGGCUCGCCCCAUCAAUUGAAGAGUGUUGCUGGCGAUCUGCCUCUCCACGCUCCCACAGCCUCAGUCCCUAGCUCCACAGCCAAGAGUAGAAUUCAGGCGGUGACACGCACCGACUCCUCCUCGGCAGAGGCAGCAGGCUUUGGCAAGCAGCUUUCGGUCGACGAGAAAGUGGCCCAGAGCACUACCAAGUCAGGCCGCUCUGGAUCCUCGAUUGGCUCCAGGCCCAGCUCUAUUUACAAUGACAAAGAUGCGCAUGGCAUCCCGGAAAUCGGCGUGCAGGUGCCCAUGUUUCGUGGUGCUGGAGACGUGCAAGCUCCUAGCCCGGCACCUCAUGCGCACCAGCCGGGCUCUGGUGGUGCAUUUCACCCAAAAUCUGGUGGACGCCAUCACGGACGUACCAAGAGCGGUCGUGAAAUCUUCCAUGGACCCCCAGGCAGCUAUGGAAUGCACGGGCAUGGGGUCAUCUCAAACGACGAGUUCGAGCAGAAGUGGUACGAGCGACAUCCGGAGGACCUGAAGCGCGAAAAGGCUGGUGAAUACGGACCUCAUAUCCAAGAGAACAGAAAAGACUAUCACUGGCGUGCAGACAACUUGGAGAAGCUUGUGCAUACCAAGGGUCAGGAUGUUGGCAUGGGUACCUCUAGAGAUGCCAUCAGUACACCGGACGAACAGAUUGGUUACAUUGCCACCGAACAAUUCGCCUCGAGAAUGGCAUCGCCUAGACCACAAUCUGGCCGUCCUGCCUCGAUCAAGGCUGGCCACACCGACUCUCCUCUCCGCAACGAAGCAGGCCAAGAAGUUGACGAGCAAGGCGAGGUUAUUCAUAUCGAUCCGCCCGCUCACCGAAGCAGCAAAAUACACGGAGGAGGCUAUGAUCCCCCAACAGAAGACCUGGGUCCACAAGGUGGAAACACUACGGAACAAGGCGGGUGGGUGACUGAGCGUGGCUAUGGCACGCCCAUUCUUGCCUCCGAUGAGGUAAAGAAGCAUCCCGAUAACGAAUGGAGGCAGCCUGCCGUUUCGCCUGAGUUGGAACGUCACGGCAAUGAAUACACUGUCAACGAAGACGGCACACCAGCAUACAUGACCAAAGGCCGAAGCCAUAGCAGGAGUUCGAGUCGAAACAACAAUCCUCCGCAGCGCGUCAUCCCCAGCCCUGCGCAGUUCGACCGGGGUGGUACUCCACUCGAGUCGCACAAGGAGUAUGAACCAUUGUUUCCAGAAGAUGAGGAAGACACAAAGAAGCCCAAGUCGCAGGUGGACAAGCUCAAGCGACCCAGUGUUGCUCGUCACCACUUUCCCAGUCAGGACGUCUGGGAGGAUACUCCGGGUAGUCUGCAGCUCGAGACCACUGUCGAGACUCCAGAGCCUGUCGCUGUCGAUGAGCCGGAAUCUGCUGGCGGUAUCAAGGAUGUGAGCCCUGCAAAGGUCUUCGAGGAUCCCAGCACGGAAGAAGAGCGCAAGACUCAUAUCGCCAAAGAAGACCAGCAGUCUUUCCUUCCUGAUCACACCAGGCGCUUCGCAGCGGAGAACAAGCACCUUGGCAAAGUUCGCGAUGAGAAUCCUAUACGCCCUGGUAUGCAACAGCGCUUCCCCAGCCAGGACAUUUGGGAAGACUCGCCCUCAUAUGGCCAUCUUGAAACUACUGUCAGCGCGCCACAGAUGGAAGACACCAACGAAUAUGCCGAAGAAUCACCUGUGACCGAUAAGCCGACCGUUCCAGCGCGCCCUGAAAUCCCAGCUCGCCCGGCGAAGGAGUCAGUAUCUCCUGUCGACAAGAAGGCACCCAUCAUUCCUGAGCGUCCAAAGCCCCAGAUUUCGGUCCGCCCGAGCAAGCCUUCUACCGGAUCUUCAGAGAAAGUACCCACUGUAGAUUCGCAGUCGGACAACGACAGUUCGCAAGCCAAAGCGAAGCCUCCCGUUCCUGCGCGCCCUGCGACCUCGAAGAUUGCGGCCCUCCAAGCCGGCUUCUUGUCGGAUCUUAACAGUAAACUUGGACUGGGACCUCAGGCACCCAAAGUCAAGGAGCCUGAACCGGAAAAGGAAGAAGAGGCUGCUCCUCUGCAAGAUGCUCGCAAGGGUAGGGCUAAGGGACCCCAGAGACGAAAGCCCGCAGCCUCCGCUACAGCUACCAUGUCUGCCGGGGCUGCUGUUCCCACACAGAAGUUGUCUAUUGGUCCAGUCACUACCAUUUGGAGUUUUCGUGAAGACGGCGCUCUUGACGUGGCAGCGGCUAGGAUGGCUGCCACAAUCCAGGAUGCCCUGAGGGCUCCGGCUCCAGCGAAGAGUACGCAAGACGGGCCCACCGACUCGCAAAAGAAUAAUUCUUCCAACGACGUCAUGGACAAGUCCUUGCCUGGUGAAUCACGAGAGGAUGAUCUAGUCAAGACUACCACUAAUCACAGUGAGCCAGCCGCUGCAGUCGAGGCAACCAUCGACCAGACUUCUUCAGCAGUUGAGCAUACUUCGUCGACUUUGAAGCCGGUAGCUUCCAACGUAACCAAUACUGUCUCGCCCGCCGUGUCCAAGGCCUCGGAGACCGUACAACAAGCGGUCCAGCCAGCUGUCGCCCGAGUUUCCGAGACACUGGAGCCCGUCGCGUCCAAGAUCUCGGCUACCGUACAGCCCGCAGAUCCGCUGAUUACUGAAACUGCCUCUGGCUCGGUGGAUGCACCAGGUGCUUUUCCCGGAUCGGGCCCUGGUCUUGAGGACAAGCCGACUAUCUCGCCUGCGGCCACAGGAAGUGAAGCGCAGGCGCAGAAGCCGUCGUCAGUCCAGCAACAAGAUAAGGAUGUGGCAUAA